AUGGUCCGUCCGGCGCCGAUACACGCGGGUGAUCCUUUCACUUCUCUACCACUAGCAAUAGGUUUGUUGGUCUCGGUGUCAGCUCUGGUGGCUCUAUGUGCCAAGCAUGCAAAGCAAGCAUCAAGAAAGUACGUGGCCGAGACAACAACUGAUCGGAAAAUCGCGCCAAGGUCGCCAUUACGGUCUCCAAAGCAGCUCAUAACCACCAUCAGUAACAAGGCUAUUCCGUUCAUUAACCAUAAAAAAGGCGGUGACGAAGAGUCCGGGGCUGAAAUCAGAGACAAAGGUGAGGAAGAAUUUGGAGAAGGUGGCUUGUGGCAGAAGGAAAUUCUGAUGGGUGAGAAGUGCCAGCCACCGGAGUUUUCCGGUGUGAUUUACUACGAUUGUUAUGGUCAUCGGAUUUCUGAGCUACCACCAAGGUCACCGAGGGCUAGUCCCUUGCACAAUUUUUCCUUUCCGGUUGUUGAAGGUGCUGACUGCUAA